AUGAUUGGUCGAAUUUUUCUUUGCAAACGCUUUUAUCGACGUUUUUCACUAUUGGCUUCUUUUAUUUUGGUUUUUGUUUUCUUGACAAUUUACAAUUAUAUCGAAGCAGAUUAUCAAAUCUUUCAUUGGCAUAUUCCUCAUACUUUGCCUCCUAAGCCUCAUUGUUUGUGCGUUUUGGUACCAUAUCGCGAUCGAGAAAGUGAACUCAAUAAAUUUGCUCCAUAUAUUCACGACUUUCUCAACGAACAAAAUAUUAUGCAUCGAAUUAUUGUUUUAAAUCAGACUGAUUCAUUUCGAUUCAAUCGUGCAUCGCUUAUAAAUGUCGGAUGGUUUGAAGCUGACCGGGUCGGUUGCGAUUAUAUGGUUAUGCAUGAUGUUGAUUUACUACCAAUUAACCGCAAUUUAAGCUAUGUAUUUCCAGCAGUUGGUGUUGUAAGACAUAUUUCUUCACCACAGUAUCAUCCAAAAUACAAUUACACAAAUUUCAUCGGUGGGAUACUUCUUUUAACGCUUCAAGAUUUUAAAAAAGUAAAUGGAAUGUCAAAUAAAUAUUGGGGUUGGGGACUUGAAGACGACGAAUUUUUUUUAAGAUUGAAAGACUCGAAUCUAACAUCGAAUAUGGAAAGACCAGUUAAUCUAUCAACAAAUCGCAACAAUACCUUUCUUCACUUGCAUGGAACUGCAAGGAGGCGAGAUUUUAUUAGGAUCGCUAAUCAGAAAGCGAUGUCCCGGCGACGUGAUCGUGUAAGUGGUCUUAGCACUAUAGAAUAUCGUAUUGUGUCCAGAAAUUUACUUAAUUAUCGUGGAAAUAAAGGUCCAUUGAUAUCUGUUUUAAAUAUCGAGCUUUAUUGCGAUCUUAAUUGGACACCGUAUUGUAAAGUGCCUUCAUCGAUGAGGAGCUUACAAUAA